AACCAUACCAUCACCUCUGGGAGGGGAGAAAGCAAAAGGAAAAAACCAGAAAGACUCCCCCCUAGUUCAUCUUCCCCCCCUCCCCCACGACCAUCGUCUCGAUCUCUUCCAUACGUCUCAAACCACCAACCCAUCCAUCCCAACCAUGGCAUCCCGACGCAUAUCAUCCCGACUCUUUCACCCUCAACUCCACGGCCGAACCUAUUCCACCGCCGCCGCAUCCCCCUUCUCGCGCCUCAACCUCCCCAUCGACUACAAAUCCACCCCUCUCCUCCACCACACAGCCUCCACCCUGCCCGACCACCUCGACCUCCCCGCCGCGACCUCCUCAAAAUCCAUGAACCUCUACCAGGCCAUCAACUCCGCCCUGCGCACCGCCCUCGCGACCUCCAACCAGGUCAUGCUCUUCGGGGAGGACGUCGCCUUCGGCGGCGUGUUCCGGUGCUCGAUGGACCUGCAGACCGAAUUCGGGUCCGAGCGGGUCUUCAACACGCCGCUGACGGAACAAGGGAUCGUGGGGUUCGCGAUCGGGGCCGCCGCGCAGGGGAUGAAGCCCGUGGCCGAGAUCCAGUUCGCUGACUACGUCUUCCCUGCGUUCGACCAGAUUGUCAAUGAGGCGGCCAAGUUCCGGUACCGCGAGGGGGCGACGGGGGUGGAUAUCGGCGGGUUGGUGAUCCGCAUGCCGUGCGGUGCGGUAGGGCAUGGUGCUUUGUACCAUUCCCAAUCCCCCGAAGCAUUGUUCGCGCAUAUCCCCGGCAUCCAGGUGGUGAUGCCGCGGUCGCCGGCCCAGGCGAAAGGGCUGCUGCUGUCGGCGAUCUUCGAGCACAACAACCCGGUGCUCUUCAUGGAGCCGAAGGUGCUGUACCGGGCGGCGGUGGAGCACGUGCCGAACGAGUACUACACCAUCCCGCUCAGCGAGGCUGAGGUCGUGAAGCCCGGCAACGACCUCACCAUCGUGUCCUACGGGCAGCCGCUGUACCUGUGCUCGGCGGCGAUCGAGGCGGCGGAGCGGGCGCUGGGCGCGAGCAUCGAGCUGAUUGACCUGCGCACGAUCUAUCCCUGGGACCGGCAGACGGUGCUGGACAGCGUGAAGAAGACCGGUCGCGCGAUCGUGGUGCACGAGAGCAUGGUCAACUACGGCGUGGGCGCGGAGGUCGCGGCGACCAUCCAGGAGCGUGCCUUCCUGCGAUUGGAGGCCCCCGUCAAGCGCGUGGGCGGCUGGAGUACGCAUACCGGGUUGAUCUACGAGAAGUUUAUCAUUCCCGACGUCACCAGAAUCUACGAUGCGAUAAAACAGACCCUCGACUACUAAGCCUGGAGCUUAACCCGCGUAUGAACGUUUUCACUAUGUGUACAUAUCUUAACAUCUAUUCUAGAAGAAUCCUGCACAAGGUGACUAGACUAGUCGUGUGUCUAUCACGUGUCUUAAUGUCAUAGUCUAGCGACCAUUUCUCAGUUCUAUCUAUGUGCCUCGAACUAUAUCAUAAUUCCCAACAGGCCACAGAUGAGGAUCAGUAUUGAACUAGUCACGC